CCCAUCCCAUCAUCCAUCACUCCCUUCCUCUCUUUCCCUUCCUCAUCACCUUUUUCUCAUAGCUUUUGAAAUACUGAUAUUUUCCCAAGAAACAAGCACGCAAUGAUGGCAAUGGGCAAAGAAACUUGGUGGGUUCUUUUCCUUCUAUCAACACUGCUGUUGGUGGAAGAAAUCCAUGGAAGCAGGAAGCAAGAACAAGCCCUCAAGAAUCGGAACAAGUCUAAGUUCUUCAGUGGAGGAGCCAUUGACAGAAGCAGUAAAACAAUCUUCAAGGUAGAUGAAGCUGUGUAUGUCGAUGAUGAUAAGUCUCGUUACUAUUAUCCUCAACAAGGAUUGAAAGAGAAAGAUAGAAUUAAAAGACUUCCUGGACAGCCUGAAGAUGUGAGUUUCUCUCAAUAUGGAGGGUAUGUUACUGUGGAUAAAAUUGCAGGACGAGCUUUCUAUUAUUAUUUUGUUGACGCUCAACAAUCUCGUCAUAAGCAUAAAUUGCCUCUUCUUCUAUGGCUCAAUGGAGGUCCAGGAUGUUCAUCACUAGGGUAUGGAGCUAUGCAAGAGCUUGGACCAUUCAGAGUAAACAGUGAUGGCAAAACACUCCACAAAAACAAAUACUCAUGGAACCAUGGUGCAAAUGUAGUAUUUGUGGAAUCACCAGCAGGAGUGGGAUUUUCAUACUCAAACAAGACAUCAGAUUAUGACAAUAAUGGAGAUAGAAGAACUGCUACAGACAACUAUAUAUUCUUAAGAAACUGGUUAGAGAGGUUUCCUGAGUACAAAUCUUCUGAUUUCUACAUUGCUGGUGAGAGCUAUGCCGGUCAUUAUGUUCCUCAACUUGCUCACACCAUUCUUCAUCACAAUCAGCAUCCAAACUCUACCUUCUUCAUCAACCUCAAAGGCAUCUUGAUAGGGAAUGCAGUGAUAAAUGACGAGACAGACAGCAGAGGAAGAUGGGAUUUCCUGGCGAGCCAUGCCAUAAUAUCAGACAAAGCAGCUCAUGUUGUUAACAAUCUCUGCGAUUCCUCAGAGUCAGCUUCUUCCUCAAGCACUGAUGAACAAACCAAUGCGUGUAGAGCUGCAUCUGAUGAAAUAGAACAAGACGUUAACUCCAUCAAUAUCUACAACAUCUAUGCUCCUCAAUGCCUUGAUUCUAAUCUCACUUCCCCACCUAAGCCUCCUUCUAUAGUGACAGAUCCAUGCAUUGAUUAUUACGUGUAUGCAUACCUGAACCGGGUUGACGUGCAAGAAGCUAUGCAUGCUAACGUGACAAAGUUGACUCAUGAUUGGGGACUUUGCAGUGAUGUUAUCAACAAGUGGGGUGAUAGCCCUUCCACUGUGCUUCCUCUCUUACAAGAGUUCCUCAAUCAUAGCCUUCGGGUUUGGAUUUUUAGUGGUGACUUUGAUGGAAUGGUACCGGUUACUUCAACAAAGUAUUCCAUUGACAAGUUAAAUCUCCCUCCUAAGACUGUGUGGCAUCCUUGGUUCGUCGAUGGAGAGGUAGGAGGGUACACGCAAACAUUUAAAGGAGAGUUGACAUUUGCAACAGUGAGAGGAGCAGGACAUGAAGUGCCAAGCUACCAGCCAGCAAGAGCUCUUUCUUUGAUCAAUCACUUCUUAAAAGGCAUCCCUCUUCCUCAUACCACAACUUCAACACAAAACAACCAUGCAAUGGGAAGAGAAACUAGUUGGUUGGUCCUCUUCCUUCUCUCAACACUACUCUUGGUGGGUGAAAUCCAUGGAAGCAGAAAGCAAGAACAAGCUCUCAACAAUGUUCUAAGCAAGGCCAAGUUCAGAGGAGUUUCCACUGACAAUAGCAACAGGACAAACUUCGAGGUAGAUAAGGCUAUAUUUGGUGAGGAUGAAAAGGCUCGUUACUUUUAUCCUCAAGAAGGAUUGAAAGAGAAAGAUAGAAUCGAGAGACUCCCAGGACAACCUGAAGAUGUGAAUGUCUCUCAGUAUGGAGGUUAUGUCACUGUAGAUAAGGUUGCAGGACGAGCUUUAUAUUAUUAUUUUGUGGAAGCUCAACAAUCUGAUAGGCACAAACUGCCUCUUCUUCUUUGGCUCAAUGGAGGCCCUGGAUGUUCCUCUCUAGGGUAUGGAGCAAUGCAGGAGAUUGGGCCCUUUCGAGUGAACAGUGACGGCAAAACGCUUUACACAAACAAAUACUCUUGGAGCCUUGCUGCAAAUGUUCUAUUUUUGGAAUCACCAGCAGGAGUGGGAUUUUCAUAUUCAAAUAGGACAUCAGAUUAUGAUAAUAACGGGGACAAAAAAACUGCUUCAGAAAACUACAUAUUCCUAAGGAAUUGGUUGGAGAGAUUUCCUGAGUACAAUUCCUCUAAGUUUUACAUUGCUGGAGAGAGCUAUGCAGGCCAUUAUGUUCCUCAGCUUGCUGACACCAUUCUCCACCACAACAACCUCCCUAAUUCCUCCUUCUUCAUCAACCUCAAAGGCAUCUUAAUAGGAAAUGCAGUGCUAAAUGAUGAGACAGACAGUAGAGGAUUAUGGGACUUUCUUGCGAGUCAUGCCAUAAUAUCAGACAAAGCUGCCUUAGAUGUUCAAUUGUGUGAUUUCUCAAAUGUUGCCACAAAUCUUAGCAAUGAGUGCCAAGAAACAUUGGAAGAAAUCGGAACCAACAUUGUAGACAUUGAUUUAUACAACAUCUAUGCUCCUCUAUGCCACAAUUACAACCUCACUUCCCUUCCUAAGCCACAAAGUGAAAUGAUAGACCCAUGUAAUGAAGUGUAUGUGACAGCAUAUUUGAACAUGGCUGAGGUACAAGAGGCACUACAUGCCAAUGUCACAAAACUUACACAUGACUGGUCACCAUGUUCUGGUCUUAUCACCAAAUGGCUUGAUAGCCCUGACACAGUGCUUCCCCUCUUACAUCACUUACUCAAUCAUGGCGUUCGACUUUGGAUCUUUAGUGGGGACGUAGAUGGAAUAGUUCCGAUAACUUCAACCAAGUAUUCCAUUGAGUUGUUGAAUCUCACUGCUAUGACUUCUUGGCACCCUUGGUUUGUUGAUAGAGAGGUGGGAGGAUACACACAAAUUUACAAGAAAAACUUCACAUUUGCAACAGUGAGAGGAGCAGGGCAUCAGGUCCCAAGCUACCAGCCAGCAAGGGCCCUUUCUUUGAUCACUCAUUUCUUACAAGGCAUUCCUCUUCCUACAUAUAACCACACAUUUUGAUGCAUAAGAUAUAUAAUAUAGGGGCCGCAUGGGUUAGGCCGGGCAUCAUCCUUGCCUAUGCAACCCACUCCAAUGCGUAGUUAAUUUGGUACCUAAAUUUUCACGUUGGGAUUGGUCCCUACCUGAAAAGGUUUUUAAAUAAAACAUGAUACUAUCUCCUAUUGUAAUUUAAUUUCUCUUUUUAUCCUCUUUUAUCUCAAGUCACACAACUUUGGAAUGACGGUGUGUAAUAAGUGGAAGAAGAUAAACUUUUAUUUAUGAA